AUGAAGGACAACUGUUUAGAUUAUAAAGAUAAGCGUUUAAUUUGUUCGAAUAUUGUGGCAGUUAUAAUUUGGCGCUGGCCAGACCUUAUUAAUCACCAUCAUCUGCGAUCCGCGGACACCUGCUCAAAUGGUUUGAACGCUCGGAAAGAUAUUACUUGUGUUAAUCCAUAUCAUUAUGACCGCAUUGAAUCGCCAGCCGGUGUACCACCGAUGCUGGCCAUUGUGCAAGGGAACCACGGAGAAAUUCUUCCUCCGCAUUCUGAUGUACCACUCCUGGACGACAUACCGGCCAAUGGUGUUCCAGCUAACGCCGAUCUUCCAAUGGGUUUAAGCGAGCACUUUGCUUCUCUUGGUUUAGGCUCGCCUGCGUCGCACGAUGUCGAAUCAUCAUUUACAAUCACAGAAGUCGUGACAACUACGUUAGGUGACGAUGGUACCAACGGAAACACUUCUGUGUCACUCAGCAUCAGUCUGCCGAAUGUGGGACCGGUCAGUUAUGCGGAACCGGCGUUUUGGUGUUCGGUAAAUUAUUACGAAUUGACUUCGCGAGUGGGAGACACCUUUCACGCAUCGCGGCCUUCUGUGACCAUUGAUGCUUCCAUUGAACCAUCGAAUGCGGAGCGGUAUCACUUGGGUUUAUGGUCCAACAUCAAUCGGAAUUCCGUGGUGGAAAUUACUCGAAAACAUAUUGGCAAAGGACUGCGGCUACAUUACAGCGGAGGAGAUGUAAAUGUGGAAUGCCUUAGUGAUGCCGCGGUGUUUGUGACCAGCCCGCUGGGUAGUCGCCUUUAUGGAUGGUCUCCAAAUACCGUAUGCAAAGUCCCUCCAGGGUGCAGUUUGAAAAUCUUCAACACUCAAGAAUUCGCAGCUAUGUUAUCCCAGUCGGUCUUUGGAAGUUUCGAAGAGGUGUAUCAGCUGGUCAACAUGUGUAUAAUUCGAAUAAGUUUCGUUAAAGGAUGGGGAUCGGAUUAUCGGCGACAGACCAUCACUUCCACUCCAUGCUGGAUUGAGAUCUACCUCAAUGGACCCUUGCAGUGGUUGGACAAAGUUCUGAUGCUUAUGGGGUCAUCCCGCAGACCUUGUUCCAGCAGGUCGUAACUCGUAACCAUUGUGCAUCCAUUUUUCGCGAUUUCCAAGCAAGACGCCGACUGCGUAUUUACAAUGGAAAAGCGUUUAAGUGUGUCUUAUUGUUGCAGAAGCUAUUGAAGGCCGUUUUCUUGCCUUUUCAACAGUGCCACUUUCCUAUUUCAA